GAACUCGGAACCGGAAUAAUAUUUAUGCAAUAUAAUAUAAUAUAUAAUAUAAAAGGUGUACCCAUAUCAAGUGGUAUAAGCUAUAGAUUGUUUCACUAUCAAUGUCAUUUUAAUUGCUGUAUUAAAGUGAUCAGUAAUCCCUCAAUGCAAAAGCAUAGCUGACCAUGCUGUUUACACUCGCCCUUCUGGGCGUGGUCCUGGCCUUGGCCUACAAUUUUUACCAGAACACCUACACCUAUUGGGCCAGGAUGGGGGUGCCACAUGAGACUCCUCUUCCGCUAAUUGGUAACAUGAAAGGAGUCGGAAUGAAGUACCAUUUCCGUGACAUUAACCAGAGGAUUUACGGCAAGUUCAAGGGAAAGGCCCCCAUCGCGGGAAUGUUUAUGUUCUUCAAGCGAACAGCUAUGAUUCUCGAUCUGGAUCUUAUCAAGCAGGUGCUGAUCAAGGACUUUCAUUACUUCCAAGAUCGUGGAAUCUUUAACAAUAUUCGAGACGAUCCCCUGACUGGUCACCUUUUGACCCUAGAGGGUGAGGAGUGGAAAUCGAUGAGGCAGAAGCUAACCCCUGUGUUUACAUCCGGAAAGAUGAAGCUGAUGUCCGGAGUGGUAGUGGAGGUGGGUCACCAACUGGUCGAUGCCAUGGAUAAAUGCGUUAAGGAGGCUUCCGUCGACGACGGAGAUGUGGAGGUCAAGGAACUCUGUGCUCGAUUUACAACGGAUGUGAUUGGUUCCUGUGCCUUUGGCCUGGAAUGCUACAGCCUCAAGGAUCCCAAUGCAGAGUUCCGGAACAAGGGUCGCAUGAUCUUCGAGAAACCCCGCCACUCCAUGCUGGUCCAGGCGUUCAUCUUCACCAAUGCCAAGUUGGCCAGAAAGUUAAGGAUGAAAGUAUUACCAGAUGAGCUCACCAAGUUUUUUAUGGGCGCAGUAAAGAGCACAAUCGAUUAUCGGCUCAAGAAUGGCGUAAAGCGGAACGAUUUCAUUGAUCAGUUGAUAGAACUCCGAGCGGAGGAUGAGGAAGCUGCUAAAAAGGGCAAAGGCAUCGAUCUCUCCAAGGGAUUAACCCUUGAGCAAAUGGCUGCCCAGUCCUUUGUGUUCUUUGUAGCCGGAUUCGAGACCUCUUCCAGCACAAUAGGCUUUUGUCUCUACGAACUGGCUCUCCACCCGGAGAUUCAGCAGCGUUUGAGGGAGGAGAUUGAAACUGUUCUGAGCAACGUUGAAGGUGGAGGGAUUACUUACGAUGCCUUGAAUGAAAUGACUUACCUGGAGCAGGUGGUGGCUGAAACCUUGCGUAAGCAUCCCAUCAUUCCCCAAUUGCUGCGCGAAGCCAAUCAGAGCUACCAGGUUCCGAACACAGAUUUGAUGAUUGAAAAGGAAACUACAGUACUGAUACCCAUACACAACAUUCACCACGACCCGGAUCUAUAUCCAGAUCCAGAGAAGUUCGAUCCCAGUCGCUUCGAGCCGGAGGAAAUCAAGGCUCGUCAUCCAUUUGCAUAUCUGCCCUUUGGUGAUGGUCCCCGCAAUUGCAUUGGCUUGAGAUUCGGUAAAAUGCAGGCCAAGAUUGGUAUUGUCUCCCUCCUGCGACACUUCAAGUUUGGCAUUUCUAAGAAAACCGAGAUUCCCCUGGAACUGAGUACUCGCAGUCCCACUUUGUCCUCCAAGCAUGGCAUUCAUCUGAAAGUGGAAAGGAUCUGAGCAAGGGAUUUAUAUAUUUGAAGUGGAUUUUAUUUACAAUUUUGCUUCUAUAUUUUAUA